UUUAAAGGGUGCUCAAAGGCUGUCCAUAAUUUUAAAGGGUGCCUCAAGGCUGUCCAUAAUUUUAAAGGUGCCUUGAGGCUGUCCACAAUUUUAAAGGCUGCCUCGAGACUGUACACAAUUUUAAAGGGUGCCUCGAAGGCUGUCCAUAAUUUUAAAGGGUGCCUCAAGGCUGUCCAUAAUUUUAAAGGGUGCCUCAAGGCUGUCCAUAAUUUUAAAGGGUGUCUCAAGGCUGUCCAUAAUUUUAAAGGGUGUCUCGAGGCUGUCCACAAUUUUAAAGGGUGCCUCAAGGCUGUCCAUAAUUUUAAAGGGUGCCUCAAGGCUGUCCAUAAUUUUAAAGGGUGCCUCAAGGCUGUCCAUCAAUUUUAAAGGGUGC